AUGUUACCCAAAUUAAAUCAAAGUUCUUCAACUUAAUAAGUCAAGUCUUAAGAAGAUUUUAGUUUAAAUGAAGCAAAAAAACGUUAAAAAUUACUUGAGUUAGAAUAGUAAAAUGUUGAAAACAGAAUUAAAUAACUUACUAAAGAGAAUGAGAAACUGUCCAAAAAAGUACAAAUGGCAGAACAAUUAGCCUUAGAUGUUUAUGCUUCUCGUCUUGCCUAAAAGAUAAAAGUAAUUGUUUAUUUCUUAUCAUAAAACUUAGAAAGAAUAAAAAUUGCAAUAAUAAUCGAUUUUAGAUCCCUUAAAAUAUUAAUAAACUUAAUAUGAAAGAAUGAAUCUUAAAAAAAUGAAAUAAGAAGUUAAAGAAAUGAAACAUAAUGAUGCACUAUAAAUGAAAAAUUCAAUAAAAUAUGAAUUGAUGAGAACUAGCUAAGAGUAAGCCAAAAAAGUAUAAAAUCUGAAAUUGAGAGCUGCUUUAAUUAAAGAAGAAGAGAAAUUAUCAUAAGCAGUGAUUCAAGAAAAACUACAAGAGAAACAAUAAAAAGUGAGAUUGUUACUGGAACUUGAAAAAUAAAAGAUUCUUAUAGAAAAUGAAAAAUAUGAAUACUAAAUCAAAUAAUUGGAAGCUCAAGAAAUUAAAUUAGUCGAAAAACUAUAAGCUACUUAAUAGAGAGAAUAAGAUGUUAAAUAAAAAUUAAUGGCAGCAACUAGGCUACCUCCAGAAGAUUUUGACAAAACUUACUUAGGUGGUUAAUCAAUCAUUUUAGAAUAAAAAAAUUAUGUAAUUUUAAUCAAUAUAUUUUUAAGGAAAAAACAGAAGAAGAACAAAAAGAGCAAUAAGAGGAACCACAAAAAAAUGAUUAAGAAGAAGGGAAUGAAGGAUAACAAGGGACUUAAACUGAUUGA